AUGGAGAUUCCCUCACAUGAGCUUCGAAGCUUUCGUGUCGGGCUUGUUUUACUUCCCCCCGCCAUCGCCCGUUGCGACCACCCUAUUUACCCUCUCUCCCCAUUACUGCCCGCCUCUGCGGAUUUGAAUAUGAAAUUGUCUAACCUCGAUCCUGAAAUCCAGCUUCUACGCGAGGAGUCCUCAAUCUCGCUUUCCGAUAGAGACUUUGUGCUUCGCUUGUUACAACAUCCAGAGCUUUUGCAGGGGUUCUCCAGCACAGAGACGGUUCAUAGGCUCGCCAGCGCCUUGUCUUCGCAACAAAACGAAGAGGCCUCUGAUUCUUUAGAUGCGCAAUCAUCACAACGGGACUCUCUUACACGCUUCCAGCUACCAGUCAUCGGACCACGAGACUACGGGCCUCGUGAGACUGCUGCACCAAUCCAGGAUCCCCCAUCGGCUCUCAUAGAACACCGUUUCCAGGAUCACAGCUCUUUAGACUCGAGCAGCCUGCUAUUGGAUUUGCUUGAACGUCUCGAAGGAGAAACACCCCUGACUAUUGAUCCGGGUACAGCCCACGGACGCACCACGCCGCCCAGUCCUUCAAUUUACGACAACGAUUUAGGUGAGACAGAAACUUUCUUUCGUGACUCUUCCAGCUCGAGUACCCAGGAUUCCCGAGUGUUACUCCCUGAUGUCAAGCUUCCUGGUCGCACCUUGAGCCAGUCUUACAGACAGGUUGUUGAUGACUUUCCGGCGGAUGAAGGCACAAAUGAUGGCGAUACCUCUGCACAGCAUUAG